GGGAGCUCUAGCCAAUGGGAUUGCCGCGCUGAAGCCGGGCGACGGUUAAACGGCUUUUUCCAGAAGUCGUUGGCUCGGCAUUUGGCGGCGGGAGCCGGCUGAGGAUGAACCCGUUAACGAAAGUGAAGUUGAUCAACGAGCUCAACGAGCGCGAGGUCCAGCUGGGGGUGGCGGAGAAGGUGUCCUGGCACUCCGAGUACAAGGACAGCGCCUGGAUCUUCUUGGGAGGACUUCCUUAUAUAAUGACUGAAGGGGAUGUUAUCUGUUUUUUCUCCCGGGAGUGCUUCAGAGGUUCCUCCUUUCCCUAUUUUGGCAUCACUCUUGACAGCAGUUGGAGGACCGUACAUGUGUCUUACUCGAACUUUGUCAAGACCCUGAACAAAUGAUCUGAUGCUCUUCGUGUUCCUGGAGUGAGCAGAAGCCACUGGGCUACACUAGCAUGCAGACAGGGACAAAUGGAGACAUUACUGGUGCCCGCUCAAGCAAAUUGAUGAGCAACAGGAUGAAAAGUGAUACAAGUGAUACUACUUUACUUUACUUUUAAGUUCAUCAUCAGUGACACUAAACAUCUUUCAUAGAUCAACAGGUCAUUAUUUCCUUUAGUAUGUUAUAUACUUUGCCUAUUUUUUUUCUAGUGGUGUGUUCCUUGUUAGUGAUUUUACAAGCCUCUUUGAUAGAAUAUGGAUAUUGGUUUUGUUAUGCCAUUUUAUCAUGUAUUAAUUGGUUUUUAAAAAUGUGACACAUACUAGACUCGAGAGAGUACAUAGAUUAAGUUCCUUGCCUUUUGUACCAGUUUAGGCUACAGUAGUGGUUUGAAUUUGGGCACUUUAUAUGAUUCCUUGAACAUAGAGUCAAAAGUUGCCACUGACCUCUCCUGGGUAUCCUUCUCCCCCCCAUUCCUCCGCCCCAAUUUGAUGUGUGCUAAUACUGUGCCAUUCUUUCAUGUUAAGAAGUUUCCAAUUUGAGGUCUAUAGAGUCCUUUAAACCAGUUCCUAUACUGUUUCUUUGAUUUUUAUCUUGAAAUAGUACUUAUAUUUUCUUUCUUAUAGUUCAUGUUAGUGUAUUUUAUAGUUUUAUUUCAGAUUUAAUACAGAAAAGUUAUAAAAUGUAAGGAAUGUCACUUUCCCUUGAGCCAAAUCUCCACAUUGUACACAUUUGUUAUUUCCAUUUUUACCUGUUUUCAUGUUUUCUGAUUUUGCUAAAUUAUCUGAAAGUCCAUUGCAAGACAUGAUUUGUAUGUUUGGGCCAUACCUGGCAAUGCUCAGGGAUUAUUCCUGGCCUGCACUCAGGAAUUAUUACCUGGUUGUGCUUGGGGUACCACAUGGUAUGCUGGGGAUCGAACUCCAGUCACAAGGCAAGUGCCUUUGUACUACUCUCCAGCCCAAUACCAAAAUCCUUCAGUUUGUUUUUCAAAAGAACAAGGCCAUCAGGAAAUCAACACUGAUACAGAACUAGUAUGUAACCUUUCGGUUUUAUUCAGUUUCACCAUCUGUCUCAUAAAGCCCUUUUUUGUUUCUGGGCCAUGCCCAUUGGUGCUUAGGGGCUACUUCCAGCACAUGCUGGGGUCAUUCUCACUGGUGCUCAGGGGACCAUGUGGUGCUGGUGAUCAAACCUGAGUCUCCAGCAUGCAGUGCAUUUGUACCAGCCCUUUGAGCCAUCUCCCCAGCUUGCUGAUAAUCUCUUUACUGUAGGAGAAAAAAUUGCUUUAUGGUCCUUGAGCUGUCAUGUAAAUUAUAAUUAUCUCUUAAUCUUUUUGAUUUUUCCAGAGAGAAAGUUCGAGGGUUAAUGUGCUUGCCUUGCACGUAGCUGACCGUGUUUUCAUCACCAGCACCACAGAUGAUCCCUUGAGUGCUGCUAGAAUGACCCCUGAGCUUAGAGCUAGGAGUAGUGCUCGAGGUUCACUGGGUAUCAUAUGAUCAAACUCAUUUUUGAGGGUGUUUGUUUUUUAAAAGUUUUUGUUGAGUAUUGAUAACAGGGUCUCACAAGUGCUAUAUAUGCUGAGCCACAUUCCUGGCCUCUAUAAGUUUUAGUGCAUAGAAUUUUGUAAUCAUCUCCUGAAUUAGAAUGGAGAGCAGUUCCUCUUCCCUUUGAUUUUAUUUCUCUAUUUUUUAAAAUUUUAUUGAAUCACUGUGAGAUAGUUACAAGCUUUCAUGUUUGGGCUACUGUCACACAAUGAUCAAACACCCAUCCCUCCACCAGUGGACAUUCCUCACCACCAAUA